GAGAGACGUGGAAAGCUAUGUGGGUCACGUCCGUAACCUGACGGAGGAAAGGGAUGCUAUCACCACUGAGUAUGAAACAGAAAACGAACAGCUCAGGCUUGAGCUGGCACGGCUGCAGCUGCAGCAGGAAGCCCAACUGAAGGAGGCCGAGGAGAUGCUGGAACAGGAAGGCUUGUCCGAAAUAGCUCACAGUAAUGCCAGCGAACAGAUUGCUUAUUUACUGGUAGAAAGAAUGACGCUGCUGGAGAAACUGGAGAUUGCAGAUCAGAAGUUGAAUUUGCACAGCUGCAUAGACGGGCUGUGCACGACAGAGCUUCAGGAUGAGUUCGAUCACGUUCAUCAGACAUUAGAAGUUGAAUUCCAACAACAGCAUGAAUCCACACAGCUUUCUGGAGAGACAAUGAAUAAGUCCUACAGGGAAGAGCUGGAGAGGGAACAAGCGUCACGUGCAAGAGUUGAACGAGAUCUGGAUGAGGCCACACAGAGGCUGAUGAUGGCCCAGGAGGAGAUCCAGAGGUUGACAGACGAGCUGGAUGCACAAAGAAAGGAACAGAGCAAAAUAGAACUGGCCUUGCGGUCAGCCCUGCAAGCACCUGAGAGCUGGGAGGAAGGGGGAAACGAAUGGAGAGAGGGUGACAGGGCUGAUCUACAGAAGGCCAUGGAGCACAACAGCAGGCUGGACAAGGAAAUUCUGGCGCUGCGAGCACGGGUCCAAACGCUCGACUUGGAAAGAAAAGCGUUCCUUGAUCUGGUUGAACAGCUCAAAGAGGAGAUCUGUGAGUAUCAGAAAAGCGAGAAGCAAGUACUUCCAUUGUCUGUGCCAAGCGAGACUGAAGAAGUUGCAUUGUCCUCACUGCAGUCACAGGCCACAAAGGAUGAAGGGAGGGCUGAAGGAGACCAUGUUUCAGGCAAAGCCGACUCUGACCAAGAAGACAGACAUCAGAGUAGUGAAACACUUCACAAAAGGUGCCGAGAGGUGAUUGAAAACAUCGAGGGCAGGAAUUCACAGCUCCUUCACAAGCUGCAAAAACUGGAGCAGGAGCACGAGGAUUUGGUUGAGCGCAAUGAGGAGCUAGAAUCAAUUCUGGGAGAGACACAGAUCCAAACCAAGCAGGAGAAGGAACAGUUUGAGAGUGAGGUGGAGGGACUUCACCGGAAAAUCACAAGUUUAGAAACAGAGUUACUUGAAGUGCAGAAGAACAAAACCGAGAUGAGUGGGGAAGAGCAGGCAUCGUCUGGAGCACAAGAGAUGCAAGAGAUGCUGGAAAGCUGUCAGGAAACAAUAGAAAAGUUGGGAAGUCAGCUGGGAGAGCGGAGAGAACGGAGGAAGCAGUUUGCAUCUGAGCUUGAACUGUUACGAGAAGAUCUGAAGUCUGAGAAGAAGGUGUUGGGCAGCCAGGUCUCUGAACUCCUACAAGAAAGAGAACGGAUUAACAAACUUGAGCAGAAACCUGAAGAUCUAUGUUCAGAUGAAAGGAUGUAUGAAGAACAGAUGGCUAAAGUAGUAUUUUUGGAAGAACAGAUCAAAAACUUGAGGAAUGAACAAGAACUGCUCUGUUCUGAAUUACUAGAAAGCAACAAGAAGAGGGAGGAGCUAGAAAAGCAGCUAAAAGAGAGCAAUGAAGAAAAACGGUUGUUACUGGAAGAAAUUGCACAGCUAAAACAAGAUACCCUGACUAUCUGGGAGCAGGGCAGCAGCACUCUUGAAGAGACUUGGAAGAUGAAUCAAGGCAUGGUGCAUAGAGAGAACAGGUUUCUCGUGUCGCAGAGCUCUGCAGGCAGUUUAAAUGGGAGCAUUAAACAGAGUCUGUCCGACGAGAGAUUCCAGCAGCAGGAGGAAAAAAUGCAGCAAUUGCGACAGGACUUGCGUCGCGUUCAGAACUUGUGCAGCUCAGCCGAGAGGGAGCUGAGAUACGAAAGGGAGAAGAACAUCGACUUACAAAAGCAAAAUGUCUUGCUCCAACAGGAGUGCACCAAGGUCAAAGCUGAGCUGAAGCAAGCCCGGGCAAAACUCACGGACACAACUGAAACAUGUUCCUCUCUCUCAGCACAGUGGCAAAAAAGCCAGCAGAAGGUCAAAGAACUGGAACAAGAGCUCUUAAAGUCCUCCCAAGCUGAUAAACUGCAGAGCAGUCUGCAACAGAAACUUGCACAGGAGAAAUCCAAAGUAUGCGAAGCACAGAAAAAGAUUUCAAAACUCCAGCAAAAGAAAAAAGAGGAAUUGAAGGAGGCCCGAGAAAAUGAAGCUCGUGUGCAGCAAGAACUUCUUGAGGAGCAGCUGAAAAGGAAGCUCCUGGAGCAGCAGGUGGAGGAGCUGCGGCAGCAGCUCCGGCAUUCACGGGAGACGGAGGCGUCGCUGGCCAAGAUGCACGUGGAGCUGCAGGCCAAGACUCUGCACGUCCUAGAAGAUGAGAGGAAAACUGACUCGAGUGAGCACCUCCAGUGUCAGAAGGAAAACCAGAAGCUUUCACAGCAACUUUCACUGCUGAAGGAGGAAAACAAAGCCCUUUAUGAGGAAGGAGUCCGUCUCCUGAACCAGAAGGAUCUGUAUGUCAGGAAAUAUAACGAAAUGCAGCUCCGCCACAAAGACAAGAUCCGCAGAGCCAAAGAGACCUUUAUCCACGAGGUGAAACAGAGGGACAGCAGAAUUAAGCAGCUUGAAAAUGAGCUCAGUGAGUCGAAGCUCCAAGUGGAAAAGGGGAAGGUGCUGAUUGCACAGAUCACUGCUGAGAAUGAGAAAUUACUCCAGGAAAGACGACGGCUCCUCCAGAAGAUAACUGACCAAGAAGAGACCCCUUGGAGCAACCGGUCUGCGACUGCCACCCUGCAGAGCAGAGUGAAGAUCCUGGAUGAGGAGAACAUGCGGCUGCAUGAGAGCAAGCUCCAGCUCUCUGGCCACGUGCCCAGCUCACAGCGCACACCGAGGACUGUCCACGCUCCCAACACGGAGGACCCGAAGAGUGUUAAUUUCUCCGAACGCCAACUACAGAGUAAGGUGUUGCCAUCUCCCCGUACCAGCUUCCCACCGAGAGAACUGCCGGACUCUCUCAGCACCCUGAAGGCCACUCAAGAUGCCAAGCCGGAAGGAGAAGCUGAAAGCCAAGACUCAUCUUUUUGCUUAUCCCCCUCUCAACCUUCUGAGAUCGGCUACUUAAAUGUAGCUUCGCCUGGAGACACCACAGCCUCCCAGCUGCAGGAGGAGAGUCAGAGCAUCAGCUCUGAGAACUUCUAAAUGGGGAAAAGGAGUUGGAAAAUAUUAGCUGGACUACAAGGUUUUGGGCUCCUGUUGCUGUGGGAUGAUGAGGACUGCACGGGGGGAAUAGAAUUGCCAAAUGGACUGACCUGGUGAUUUCUGUGAUAUAGUUCAACUAAAUUAUUCAACAGAUUAUUUUUUUUUUUUCAACUUUAUCCAACUGUAAAUAUGUGUGUCAACCCUGAUCCAGCUGGAGGCUGGAAUUUGUAGAUAAACUCAGUAAAGUGGAAGAGUGGGGGGGUGAAGCAUAUCUUCCGCUGAACCCCAAUUCCUUUGUCCAGUCAAAAAUUACAAGCUUUGUAAAUAAAACAUGGAAAAGUUCCAUUCCCUGCUCUUUGAUCCCGACUGCUCCCUGCUGUGUGCCCACUUUUCUCUGUUCCCUUCAGUCUGUGCACAUGAACGUAGAUGGAGGAAAUGGAGUAAAAGCACAGAGAACAAAUGAGGGGAUCUGAACAGCCAGAGAAGAAAAGAAGGAAGUUACCCUCACUCAGUUUGCAGAUGACACCAAACUGGGCGGGAGUGUGGAUCUGCUGGAGGGCUCUGUAGAGGGAGCUGGCCAGGCUGGACCCAUGGGCCCAGGCCAAUUGGGUGAGGGUCAACAAGGCCAAGGGCCGGGUCCUGCCCUGGGGUCACAACAACCC